UAAUCGAACAAUUUCAACUUGUGAGACCGAUGUUUUUGUUUUCCAAGCGAGCGAAGCUGCUGUGACAGAUUGCGGGUGCGAGUUGUGGAGCAACAUUGCGUCAUCAUCGGCUCCUGGCCAGAUAAGAGCUCGCAAAUCGAGCCAAGCGAUCGCCGGCGACACGGAACGCCACUGGGGAAGAAGACGAAGACGGAUCAGUGGAGGGGGAGGGGGCGGUGGUCGAGUCACGGGAACUGGAGGACAUGGCCAGCAGCGGUGGAAGCGCUCCCAGCCUGGGAGUCCCUGCUGGUGCAGCCGGAGGCUCGGGGGCCACUGGCACUUUGGAGGGCACGCUGAGCAAGUGGACAAACGUAAUGAAGGGAUGGCAGUACCGUUUCUUCGUGCUGGACGAGAACGCCGGACUGCUGUCAUACUACACGUCGAAGGAGAAGAUGAUGAAGGGCGUGAGGCGGGGCUGCGUGCGCUUAAAGGACGCGCUGAUCGGGAUCGACGACCAGGAGGAUAACACGUUUACGAUCACCGUAGACCACAAGACCUUCCACUUCCAGGCGCGACACAGCGAGGAGCGGGAGCAGUGGGUUCGCCGACUGGAGGACACCAUUCGUCGCCACGCGAACCGGUCGCGUCUGUGGGACAGCCAAAGCGCCUUCUACAUCGCCGGCGGCUACACGAGGGAGGUGGGCGGACCCGGGGCAGGCGGCAGACGACCCAACCACCUGGAGCUCUUGGCGCGCCGCGUUUCCGAGGCGGAUGCCUACCUCCAGCUGAUGAUUGAGCAGACGAACUUGCUGGACAAACGCAUUGCGGAGCUGACCGACCCGGCGGAGCAGAUCAAGUGCAAGGCUCUGCAGGACAACGCAAGUGCCAUGCUGGAUCACAUCAAGCACUCGAUUGUCAGCCUGCAGAUCGCCAAGAAUAUGGCCCACCCCAUCAACGGAAUCUACAACGGGCCGCCGGCCACUGCCUCGACCAGUUCCUCGGCCAGUGGAGCGGCGACCACGGGCAGCAGCAACAACGUCCAGGCAGGCGGCCUGAAGGUGCCCCUGGAGGGCGCCAAGGGUGAGCUGGGCGACGACGAGGACGACUCGGCCACUGAGAACGCCACCACCGCUCCUCUCGGCCUGGUUGUGCCGGAGACCUCCUAUUCGAGCAGCGAGGGCGAGGAGGACUUCUACGAUGCCUACGACGAUCCCUUCACCAGCCUAGGCAGCUCCCCGAUUGGCUGCGCCACGCGUGGCUUCUCGGAAACCACGUCGCCCAGCCACGAGAAGGGUCCGGACGGCUUCGCUGGCUGCGAGCCAGUGCUUUCGGGCGAGCCAGCCGCCCCCCCGCUGCCGGAGAUCGAGGAGAGCGCGGCCGAUGCGGAUGCCAGCAUCAACACGGCCAGGACCGCGGCCAGCUCCCGAAGUGCCAGCUACGAUAAUGGAAUAGACUACGACGCCUUAUACGAGGAGGAGGAGGAGACGGACCUCAGCAUGGAGGCGCACGGCUCGAUGAUCACGCACCUGCUGUCGCAGGUCAAGAUCGGGAUGGACCUCACGAAAGUGGUGCUGCCCACGUUCAUCCUCGAGCGCCGCUCGCUGUUGGAGAUGUAUGCCGACUACUUUGCACAUCCCGAUCUGUUCUUGAAAAUCUCGGAUCUGGAAGAUCCGCGCGACCGCAUCGUCCAGGUCUGCCGUUGGUACAUGAGUGCCUACCAUGCGGGUCGCAAGAGUGCUGUGGCCAAGAAGCCCUACAACCCUAUUUUGGGCGAAGUCUUUCAGUGCCAUUGGGACAUUCCGGGGGAGACCGAGGAUGCCCAGGAGGUGCGCGACGGCCCAGUGCCUUGGUGCCGCCGGGAUCAGCUCACCUUUUUAGCGGAGCAGGUGUCGCACCACCCGCCAAUUUCUGCCUUCUAUGCGGAGCAUUACAAUAAGAAGAUAACGUUUGCGGCCCAUGUCUGGACCAAGUCGAAGUUCUUGGGCCUCUCGAUCGGAGUCCACAACAUUGGCGAGGGGGUUGUCACCCUCGUAGAUCGCAGCGAGGAGUACAUAGUGACCUUCCCCAACGGCUACGGCAGGUCCAUUUUAACGGUGCCUUGGAUUGAGCUCGGCGGCUCGGUGGAAAUCAAGUGCCCGCAGUCGGGCUACUACGCCAACGUGGAGUUCCUCACGAAGCCCUUCUACGGCGGCAAGCGCAACAGGGUCUCCGCUGAGGUCUAUGCGCCCAACGAGAAGAAGCCCUUUGUCUCGAUUGCCGGCGAGUGGAGCGGCCUGAUGGAGGCCAAGUGGCACGACAAAAACAAAACCGAAGUAUUCGUCGACGUAAAUCGCAUACCCAUAUUUAAGAAACAAGUUCGACCAAUCGUUGAGCAGGAUGAGUACGAGUCGCGACGCGUUUGGAAGGAAGUGACAGCGGGACUCAAGUUCAACGACAUCGAGCGCGCCACCACCGCCAAGUUCGUGGUGGAGCAGCAGCAGCGUGACCAGGCAAAGGUGCGCAAGGAGUACGAUUUGGCUUGGGAGCACAAGCACUUCAAGCCCGUGGGCGACAACUGGAUCUACGCCAAGCCGCUGAGCCAGCGCAUGUAUCUGCAGGAGAAGGAGGCCAAGAGAUAAUGCCAGCGCCGGGCGUCGAGAGCAACAACACCAAAAUCGCCUAUAUAUAUGGAUCAUAUCAAGAACGAGCCUCAACUGUAUGUUUAAUUCCACAAGUGCGCAAACCCCUGAACACUGGCGAGCCAACGUAACGAAUGCAGGAAAAAAUGGAGGGAGGACGUGGUCUCCAGUGUCUGUUUAUUAAUUGUAAAUAAUGUACACGAACAACCAGGCAGCGAAACAGAAGGAGCUCUGCUCAUAAGGUUGAAACACGAGUAAAGCUCGACAGCUCACCAGAGACAGACAAAACAAAGACACUCACAGUUUCUACACACAAUUAACGAUUAUUAUUUACUACUAAGUACUAGAGUGUUUCAAAGGCAAUCGCAGUAAACUGCAACACAAGAACACCUAUUCAAUACCUUUUCAUACUAACAUUUAUUAACUAGCAACAAUGAAGAGGAAAACCAAUACAUAAAGGGAUAUAUCAAAAGUUGUAGAUUACGAAAUGAUAGAGAUUUAAGGAUAGAAAUUCUAUUUUUGAAAUAAAAGACUCUGCUAUAGACGAAAUACAAUACCGACACGCUAGUAUCUGAUGGAUACUGCCUCUACGUUUGUUUCCCAGACCCCAACAGACAUCCAGAAAACGGUGCACAAUGAUUUUCCAAUCGCAUAGUUUUAAUCAAAUUCAAUUAUACGAUUACCUCUAGUAUUAUGUUUCGAAUUCCACUUGUCACAAUGAAUAAAGCUUUACUAACAGUCCGCUGCUAAUACUCCUUGA